CCCAUCACGGCCACGCUGAUAAGAGCUAAAACGACGACGACCUUCAUCUCGGAGGGUGUUUGGGGGUAAAAGGUACAGAGCGCAGGGAGGAGCUCGCUGACACCCGCAUGGAAACAUAGGAAACCGCCGCUGCAACAGGUAGACCUUCAGCUAACACAACUCCAGCGUCGCUAACCGUUUCGGAACCAUCUUCCAAGUUCUUCCUGCACGCCAUGAAGGUGCAGUUUGUGAUUCCCAUGACCCUCAUGGUGUCGGUUGCUUUGGUGGGGGUGAUGAGAAUGCGGAGGAAAGACCACGAGAAGGACGACAAGCGUGUCAGGUUUCAGGACAUCAAGUUGAAGGUAACCAACGACGUGCUGACGGAUUACCAGAAUGAGAUGGCGGAAAAGCAGCACACGAAGGAGAAGAUCGAGGGCGAGCAGAAGACCCUGGAGGAACAGGUGGUCAUCCUCCAGACCAAACUGGACUCCACAAAGGGAUCCGCCAAUGAGUGCCAGGGCAAUCAGAAAUCUUCUCAAGAUCAGCUGGCAGUAACAGAAACUGAUAUGAAUAAGCUUAAAGAUGAAGCCGAGAAAGAAACGGGGGUCUGGAAGUCAGAAAUUGCUGCAUUGCAGCAGCAGCUUGCAGGACCAAGCGCUGUUUGCAACUUUUUGAAAGAAGCGCCAGAGGCAGCGAGAAAUAUGUGCCCUAAUAAAGAAGCCCCCAAGCAAGAGGCCCCUAAACAAGAGGAGGCCCCCAAAAAAGAAGAGGCCCCUAAACAAGAGGAGGCCCCUAAACAAGAAGAGGCCCCCAAAAAAGAGGAAACCCCUAAAAAAGAGGAGGCUCCCAAACAAGAAGCAAAAGCAGAGGUCCCAGAGCCAAAGAAAGAGGCCAGAAGAUGAGAGGACCCAUAAUUGAAGGAGUUUGCACUUUACAGGAUAUCCUAGGUUCAAGCAAAGACAGUAAACGUUUAUAUUUGUCCACUAGAAUGCUUACAAGAUCAGUUUAGUUUUUUUUAUAGAAGAUGGUUAAAUGGAAAAAGAAGAAUAUGUUACAUAUUUACGAAUGUUAGAGUUUACCAGGUUGCUGCAUGUUUGUGCAGAGGCAGACUUCAAGUUUAAUGUCAUUAUUAUUAUUAAAGGAAAAUUCUGUACAGCUUGAAUGCAUAAUAAGGUGGUAGAGUUUUCCACUCUGAUUGUGCCUUAUUUAGGAAUUCCAUUUAGGACAUUUUUCCAUGGUAACCAGGUCAUUUCCAAAGAAAAUAGUAUUUUAACUUUGGUUCUUGAUCAGUCUUCACCAAGCAUUUAGUGCUUGCAAAGUUUGUUCACCACACACUGUACUGCAUUUAUAAUGUGUAAAAAAUAAGGAGAGCCAAGGCAUCUUCCUUAACCAUUUAUUAAUUUGAACUGAAAUCUUAACCCUAGGCCACAAUUGGAAGGACGACCAUUUCCUAUUGGAACUAGAAAUAUGAUUCAAAUAGGAGCAAAUUUAACUCUCAAUAUCUUAACUGGAAAAAUAAGGCUUCUGACCGACUAGAGUGAAAGGACAGUGGAGCCUUGAUCUUUAUGAUCACACUAAGUGUUUAAUCUAGCAUGUGAAGUCUUUUUCUUAAAAUUUAUUUAUUUUUAUUUAGGAGAAGAAACAAUGCCAAUGUGUGAUGGUAGUUGUGUGUUGGGAAGAAAUGGUAGUUAACAAAUUUUCUUUUACUCCCCCUUUUUCUUUGUGGACAAUUUGAGAUUAUAGUUUGGUUUAAGGUUUCUGAAGGCUACUUGUUUCCAGGAAGUACACAGACAGGAAUGUACUUACUUGUUUUAAACAGUGGUUUACUUGUUUUGUAAUAAGAGUUUUUUCAUUCUAAUUCUGAAGUGCUAUUUUUUUUUGUUGCUGCUUCACUUUAUCAAUAAAAAAAACAUGAAAAAAG